AUGGGGGGUAAUACGGUGGGACCAUUGGUCUGCGGCUUCAUCGCGACCAACCUCAGCUGGCGAUGGCACAAGUGGAUUGCUGCAAUUCUGACCGCACUCAACUUCCUCACGAUACUGCUCUUAGUCCCUGAGACUCGAUACACCCGUGAGCAUAUCAAAGGCGCUGGUGUGGCCAUCUGCCCUUCGAACGAUAAGAUUGUCAUGGCAGACGAGAAACAUCUCCGGCCAAAGUCGAGCAAUCGUAUUUUGCACCAGGAGGUAAAGAACACAUGGAGGCAGGAGCUGAGCCUAUGGAGUGGUGUCUCGGAGACGAGCUUGGUGAAGCUGUUUAUACGACCGUGGCCGAUGAUUGUGUACCCCGCUGUUAUAUACGCGUUUCUCUGCUACUCCAUAUCCCUGGUCAUCACUAUCGCGGUCAACAUUCUCAAUCCGUUCGUGCUGCAAGCACCUCCGUACAACUGGAGCCCACAGAUCAACGGCCUGAUCAAUAUUCCAGGCCUCUUGGGCAAUGUCAUCGGGGCUUGGGCAGGAGGUGACCUCGUGGACAUGUGGUGUAGGUGGCGAACAAGGAAAAUGCUCGGAAUCUACGAGCCGGAAACCCGACUAUACCUGGUGUGCAUUCCGUUGGUGAUCACAACAGCAGGCUGCCUUGUGUUCGGCUAUGGUGUUCAAAACGCCUUGUCGUGGGUUUCGCUCUUUUUCGGAUACGGCAUGAUCUCGAUGGCGCUCACAGCCAUGCCAACGAUCACUAUAGCGUAUGUGAGCGACUGCGCAUUCCCAGUCAACUCGGACGUACUGCUGCUUGUGAACGGGCUGAAGAACAUCGUGGCAUUUGGCUUCCUCUUCGGUGUAAUCCCUUGGGCUGAAGAGGCGGGUUUUGUCCGAGCUUUCGGUACCCUGGCUGGGGUCUUCGCUGGCAUAGUCGGCAUCGGUGCUGUCUUGUUGGUUAUUUGGGGCGCCAGCAUACGCCACACUUCGGCACAGUGGAGGGUCAUCCUAGAGUGA